GUCAAUGGGUUCAUAUACUUUGAGUACAUUCCCCUCAUUGCGGAACCCAUUUUUGAAUUCAUGUCGCGUAAGUCGCAGAGUAAUGUUAUUGAUGUCAAUAAUUUUCAAACUGAAUUUUCGUUCCGCGAGGUUGUCUCUGUUAAGUCGAAACGAGUACGUCCAGCGCUCAUGGGGAAUACUUACGAACUUGUGUCAUUUGAGUUUGAUAAUGCAUUGCCCUUUGUUGUUCCCAGUUACGAGUUUAAGACAAGGGAUGAAGUCGAGAGUUUGAUAGGAUGGAUCAAGAAGAAAGGUGGGAAGGUGACAGUAGAAGACAACGAACACGAAGAGUGUAUUUAUCGGAUUGACGCGCGUAUGGCUAACACUGAGUCUUUCCAACAACGUAUGAAUCGUGUGAGUAUGAUGUGUAUCAAAGCUACGAAUGAUCCUGUCAAGCAAGUUUCUCGGAAACAAUGGGUGAAGAGUAACGGCGUUUUUGAAAUGAACAGUUCCUUUGAAAACUUAACUGGAAAGAGGAGGGAAGAGAUUCGGCGAAUAGUUAAAUACAAAGGAUUAUCGAAAGGGAAGAGUCGAGUGUUUGGGUGGAUGGUGUGUGGGGGGGAGAUCUUAGAAUCUGAAAAAAAGGAGUUAAGGUAUGACAUGGAAAUAGCGCGGUGGAGUGAGCGGUUUCGGGCUCUCAAGAGUCAAUGGAGUCUUUUUCUACCGGAACAACUUGAGCGGUGGAAGAGUGUGCGAGACGUCCAAACACAAAUUCAAAAGGAUUUAAGCAGAACUUUGAUAGAACAAGAUAAAGUUGGAUUACUUCAAGAUAUCCUUCAGAAUUACGCACUUUUUGAUAUGGAAGUGAAUUACAUGCAAGGUAUGAAUGAAAUAGCAUCGAUUUGUAUUAAAGAAGGGAACACCGAAAUUGAAAGUUUCAUACUCUUUACAAUGGCUAUGAAAAUGGUAAGAGAGUUUUAUGCCGAGGCGAGCGUCAAAAAUUUAUGUCAGAAAGUUGCGAUCAUUGUGAAAGUUGUAGACAAGGAGUUGUAUGAGUGGAUGACAAAAAAUGAAAUUGACUUCAUGUUCUGUUGGAGAAGCAUCGCACUACUCUUUAAAAGGGAAUUUAAGAAGGAAGAUGUGUUGCGGAUAUGGGACUUCUUGAUCAGUUACAUCGAAGACAAAAUGUACCUCUUUUUGAUGGUUGCCGUGUUAGUGAUCAACAGAGAGUUUAUUUUGAGUGUAGACAGCUUUGAUGAUUUACUUCAGUUUAUGACGAUGAUACAAAACCAAGACGUUGAGAUCAUUUGGGAUGCGGAUAUGUUGUUUAACCAGUUCAUUCGAACGGCUACUACUAAAGACAAGAACAUUGUCUUCCAUUAA